UCUUUUUGCAAAGAGCUCGCAUGUAACAGACAGCUUGUUGGAUUUUAAACCUUUGAGCCUCUAAACAGAAUCCACUCACUUCCCUCACAAAUCCGAGAUAUAUGCAUUGAGGAAAUUGUUGACGAAGAACUGCGAAAUCUCCAGUAGCUUUGUGGAAAAUGAUUUUUUCAUAGACAAGAAGCUGAAACCAGAGAACUCAGUUAAGAAGGCAUAUUUAGCUCUGAAAAAUGGAUUUAUUCCUGAAUUGCGAACUUAAAAGUGAUGUUGUCGUUGGAAUUCUUUGAAAACAACCUUAAAAAUCUCAUUAAAACAUGCUUCGUUGCUAGUCCUCUAAUAAUACUUUUGUACAAGAAAUCAUCAGGCUAACAUGCGGACGAGAAGCUGACGAAUUGGGUCAGAUCAUCGUGCCCAUAUCAGGUUAUCUGUUUCUAUGGAGCUGGCUGCAUCAUCUGUACCGUAUGCCCACUUUUAGAAUACUCCUGCAAACGCAGUGCAGCAAAAGCAUAUCGGAGCCAUCUUUAGUUCUACAACCGAACACCCUGUGAAUGCGGAACACUUAGCUCGACUCGAGAAAUUGAUCAAGCUUUUCAAAUGAAGUGAAACCCUCUUAUCUAGGCAUUAGUGACCCAGAAAUCCAAGUUAACUCUUUGACUCACCGAUAUUAAAACAUGUGUACUGACUGAUACUUGCAUUGCACUGUGGGAUAAUACUGUUUUUGUGUGAAUGUAGAAUUUCUAGGGUGAAAUAAGAAGGAAUUUAGAUAUUGGUGUCUUUUUAAUCUGUGGUCUUUGUCAAACACAUUACGAAAUCAUUAAUGGUCUCUUUUUCAUAUUAUCAUUGUUCCCUUGGGUUCCGAGUGGGACAUUGGGCUUCAGCAACACACCUUCACUUUUUGUUCUAUUCUCUGUGCUCCUCUUUAGCUUGUCCCUUGAUUACCCAUAGUCUAUCAUCUCCUUCUCUCACGUUCUCCUCCAUGUCACCAUUGGACCAACGCCCCACUCGUUGUUUUCCAUUCAGGUUCCACUGUGGCGAUUAAGUGAUAAUGUAUUUACAUCUCUACUGAACUUAUAUUUGGCUAGUAUAUAACUUCCUGAUUUUUUCAAACUACUUAUUUACUAUUGUGUAAUUAUUAUUUCAGUUCGCUGAAUCGGUUGCACACUUUUUUAACUUUUAUUUUUAAGCUGAUUCAUCAUUUACAUGACGGAUUCAAAUAUUCUAAAACUUGUUUGGGAGGGUAAAAUUCCAGCUUGUUUUUCGUUGGCACAAGAAGAUCUAGCACAUGAAGAUCAUGUUCCUCCACCCAUAUAUAUGUUUCUUCCUCGUGUUUCUUAUUUCCCGUUGGUUACUGAAAAAGUAAUAAAACAAUUCAGUCAGUUCACCCAGAUUUCGUCAACAUUCAAGCCUUCUUCCGAAGAUGCGUCUUUUGAGUCAUGGGGAAAAACAGAACAUGAAGCUCAGUUCACACCACCAUCACCACUACCACCUGAUCAGGUCACGGUGUCCAAACAACAUCCUUUAGUAAAUGAAUUUUGGUUGGAAUAUGCCCAUCAGCCUUUGAAAUGGCACUAUCCAAUCGGACUUGUAUUCGAUAUGUGCGCUGAUACAAUAGAUAUCCCAUGGAAGAUAACAGUUCACUUUAGUAACUACCCAACUGACUUACUCUUGUCUCCACCUGUAAGUCGACCAGCUAUUGAAGCACAUUUCUUAUCGAUGAUCAAAGAAGCAGACGCUCUAAAACAUCGUAGCUACGUUAUAAAUCAAAUGCAGGCUAGGGAUCAUCGUCAAUUGUGGAAUGGAUUAUUGCAUUUCCGGUAUGAUCAGUUUUGGUCAGUCAAUAGCAGAUUGAUGGAGCCUUUGUCGACCAGUAAUAAAGAACUCAUGGUGGGAGAAAUGCCUUCUUCUGAAGAGUCAGAUGAGAAAUUACUUGGAAAUCCUGACAUAUCGUCUACAAAGCAUAGGACAUUUCGUUACAUACCUUGUCGUCUUUACUGUGCUACUGGGAAUUCAAGUUGCACAUCGUCUAGUUUUAUUCAGAAACUUAUUCGUCCACUGAAUGACGAUGGUUCGCUAACUUCACUCCAAGAUGCUAUCGGAAUUCUAUUCCAGUCGCACGAGAAUUCAAGGAUACAAAACGCGAAGCCUGAAAAUUACUUAUUUUUUAUCCAUGGAAUUACAGUACCGCAGGAAACCUCAAUGCAAUGGAUUAGUGAACACAUGUCUUAUCCUGAUAACUUUAUUCAUAUAGUUGCUCGUCCACGCAGUCAAUCACAUCGAAUUCAGAUUCAUAAUUUAUUGUAA